UUCCAACCCCGCCAAAACUUUGAUUUCGAAGGCUUGGAGCCGCGGCUGCGCGAGCCGCUCACAUGCUUCUUCAUGCAGCACCUCCACAUCCAGCAAGCGCUCGCGGACGGCGAGAAGCUGCACAAGUCGCUGCACUGCAAGCACGGCGGCGCCAUGUCCGCCACGUGGCGACUCACGACGUCGACGGCGCCGUGUGCGUGCCGUAUCUGCACCAUGGCCCCUGUCGCGUAA